AUGACAAAUCUGCUGCCGGACGACUCGUACUGCACCAGCCAGAUGGGAAAGUACCUCUUUCGCGCAAAAGCUGAUUGCCCGUGCACAGUGACGCUGAUUUCGACGAUGGACGAGACGGUGCUCGGCGUCACCUACACCGCCUAUACCCUCGAGUUUAAGUUUAUGCCGAUGGAGUCGCUAUUGUCAGAGCCGAAAACGUUCCGCAUUACUACCCGUUACAAGGAGGUCAACAAACUACAGGCCGCGCUCGCCAAAUUGCAUAAACAGCUCUACCUCCGCGGCGCGUUCCCCAACUUCCCCCAGCCGAAGCUCUUCGGGAAGGCCGACGAGGCGGCUGUCGAGGAGCGGAAGAGGGCGAUUCUGCAAGUGUUCGAAUUCGUCGUCGACAGCGAGGUGUUGCGCAAGGCGCGCGUUUUGCACGAAUUCGUCCAGAAAGCGUCGGAAAUUGUUGACGCGGCGCCGACGAUCAUCACCCAGCCCCGCGUCACCCCCACUUCCACCACCCAGAUUGAUGACAUCUUUGAGGCACCCGUCAGCGGCCCCUCUUCCGACCCGACGGACGUGCUGGAGCCGAUUCGCGUCGACGAGACUGAAGACCCAAGCAGCACGGCCACCUCAUCCUCCCAAGCCACCUACCAUACACCGCCCGACUCGCCCACAGAUGAAUUCCAAUUUCCCGAUUUGCCGCUAACCUUCAACGCGCAAACCGAGCGCGACCCCGCCCCCUCGGCAAUCCGAAGAUUUUUGCAUCGCGUCCCGCUGAAGGCGCCGUUCGCCGCACAGAUGGAACGCGGCGGCGAAGAGCCGUCGGGCGCGUACCUCCUACGCGCCGGCCAGCUCGUCUCCACGGGGCAACGAGCAGAGAACGAGAGGGAAUGGGAGUUGGCUUUUCAUUGCUACAAACAGGCCAUACAUACCAUGAUACAGGGCCUGCAAGAAGAGAAGGACGUUGCCCUGAGGAACGCGGUGCGCCGAAAAACGGCAAAAUAUCUGGUAAAAGCCGAGCGCAUCUACCGCACCCAUCUGUCCUACGACGGCACCCAGUUCAAUUUCGAGGCCCUCUACGCGGCCACCGUGCAGGACCCGAACAUCAUGGCGUUCCAGUGCUCCAACUCGCAGCUGAAGAACUACCGCGUCCGGGGCGUCUCCCCGGGCGCCGACUUCGAGAAGCGCGUGCUGAUCGUUGAGGAGCUGCACACCGGCCUUCCAUUCGCGAUGAAACUGGUGGAGAAAGGGGCCGAGACGCCGGGCGCCCACUGCUUUCUGGCCACCCACGUACCGCAUAUGGUCCAGCUGCACAAAUACUUCCAAACCGAGGCC